AAUCUUUAUCGCUCUCUCGCACUUGCUGGUUCAGCUCCCAGGUGGUGGUCUGCCAUACUUGUCUCUCACCUGCACCACCUACGAACCAUGACCAGUCUUCGCCACAGACUUCACUGAAGAGAAACGUUACAGAGAAGAGAAUAGUAGAAGUGGAGUUUAUUACUCAUCGUAACUUGUGAAUGAAUUUUGAAGACAAACCGUUAGUGGAAAAAAUUACUCAAAAUGAAGAAAUUAUUAUUCUGGAACCUGGCGGGCGUCUUGGCGAUGGCUGGCAGUGCAAUGGGGGACAUCCCAGACGGGGGACACUGCAUUUGGUAUGACGUGGGUCAUGUUAACCCCGAGAAACCACCCAAUCAACUGAACAAGGUAUACAACGGCGCCGCCAAGCUGCUCACUGAUAAUUCGUCGAUCAGACUCCUCGAUGAAAAUUGUCCUUUCAUGAUGGAGGAAAUCCGAGGACUGUACGACAACGAUGAAAUAUAUACCUGUUGCUCGCCCGCCAACAUCGGCAACAUGACCUCGAGCUUCGAGCAGAUGAACCAAUUCCUGGAGCAGUGUCCUGCGUGAGUUUAACAUGAAAACGGUCUUCUGCUACUUCACCUGUCACCGAGAGGCACUCCAACUUCCUUAUACCCACUGUACUCUACAUGGAGGAGAACUCUACGGAAGUGGAUGUGUGGGCCUUGGAUUACCACAUCACUGAAGACUUCACCAACUCCACAUUCGAUUCGUGUAAGAAUGUUUACUACACGGAGAUGAACAUGCCCGCCCUCGAGGUGAUGUGUGGAAACGCAGGCCCCAACUGUGAUCCUUUUAGAUUGUUUGCCUUCUUGGGAAACAACGAUUUCGCGCCCUUCAACAUUACGUUACAAAUGGGAUGAUGGGCCAGUAAACGCUACUUACCCAGAUGAUGGCAAGCAGUGGACCAUGGUGCCCUUCGAUGUUCCGAUCGUCCCCUGCAACGUCACUGAUCCUAGGAUGAGGUGCAUGUGUUCUGAUUGUCGUGCUUCGUGCCCACCAAUCCCCGACUUCGUCCCUGACCACCACCCACUAAUGGUGGGCUCUAUGGAGGCUCUCACCUUCGCCCUGAUCAUUGUAUACGGAGUUUUCGCUGUAACCUUAAUCGUCGUUGCUUGCUGGGGUGACCGUAGCUCAGACUCUGGUGAGGAAAAGUACCCUGAGGGCUCACCCAGCUGCCUGGAGAUCCUCUCAGCAGGCGUGGAGAAGGGCAUCGAAUCCAUUUUUACCAGCUUUGGCAAAACUGUGGCCCGACAUCCGUUCAUCUUCCUCGUUGCUGGUGCUGCCCUUGUCACCGGUCUCAUUGUGGGCGUGGCCUAUCUUGAAGUGACCACGGAUCCAGUGAAGCUAUGGGCCUCACCGUCUUCUCGCUCACGCAAGGACAAGGAAUACUACGACACCCACUUCCCCCCCUUCUACAGGACCACCCAGAUCAUCAUUAAACCUAAGGGGUACCCCUGGUUCAACAAAUCAGUGGUAGACGCGGAUGUCGUCGUGGAUUAUAAAUGUGGACCAGCGCUGAAUGACUCCUUCUUACAGUUGGUGAUGGAGCUGCAGAACGAGAUCACCAGCCUGGUAGGUGAACACAACGGCAUGAACAUUACGCUGAGCGAGGUGUGUGUCAGUCCGCUGGCGCCUCAAAAGACUGAAUGCCUUAUCCAGAGUAUUCUCAACUACUGGCAGAACAGUGCCAAAGCACUCGACAAGGAUAUCGCUGACGACAAAUACAUCUCCCACUUCUUGGACUGUGUCAGAAAUCCAUCUGCUGUGACCCCAACUUACUGUCUAGGAACAUACGGGGGCCCUGUGUUUCCUUACACGUCUCUAGGAGGCUUCCUGAAUGAUGGUGAUCAAAUUUCAUCUAAUCCUCGGUACACAGAGUCCACGGCCCUGGUCAUCACUAUCCUCAUCAAUAACUACCCCGAUAAGGAGCAGCUGGGUCCUGCUCUCGCUUGGGAGAAGAAGUUCUUGGAGUUCAUGAAGGAGGUAACAGAAGACGAGUACUUCAUGAAAAACAUGGAAAUCGCCUACAAUGCUGAGCGAGGCAUCGAAGACGAGCUGGUGAGGGAGAGUAUGAGCGAUGUGCUCACCAUCUUCAUCUCCUACCUCAUUAUGUUCGCGUACAUCACUCUUUCUCUAGGCAACGUGUCCUCCGAUUGUAGAAGGUUACUGAUUGAAAGUAAAAUGACGUUGGCCCUGGGCGGGGUGACCAUCGUGAUGUUGUCAGUGUUCGCCUCCCUCGGCUUUUACGGCUACGUUGGCGUUCCCGCUACACUCUUCGUCAUUGAGGUGAUCCCCUUCCUGGUGCUGGCAGUGGGCGUGGACAACAUCUUCAUCUUAGUACAGACGUGGCAGCGGGAGCCUCGGCGACAGGAUGAAAGCAUCGAGUCACACAUUGGUCGAGUGGUGGGCAAAGUGGCGCCGUCCAUGCUGCUCUCCACCUCUGCUGAAGCUCUUUGUUUCUUCCUUGGCGGACUCUCGGACAUGCCAGCUGCGUACGCCUUCGCUCUCUACGCUGCCUUGGCCCUCGUAAUCGACUUCGUGCUCCAGAUGACCUGCUUCGUAGCUCUCAUGUCCCUUGACGCUCGGCGAGUUGAGAACAAUCGUUGGGAGAUCCUUUGUUGUAUCAAGGGCAGCAAGAAGAGCAAAGGCAGCAAAGACUCCUCCAUUUGCUACGACAUCUUCCAGAGCGCUUAUGCUCCCUUCCUGAUGAAGGACGUAGUGCGGGUGUUGAUGUGUCUGCUCACCCUGGGUGUGUUCUGUGCCUCCCUGGCCGUCACCCCUAAGAUCUCCGUCGGCCUCGAGCAGGAUCUCUCAAUGCCUGAGGACUCCUACGUCAUCAAAUACUUCGACUUCCUGAACAAGUACCUGUCCGUUGGUCCUCCUGUGUACUUUGUGAUGACAGAAGGAUACAACUACUCCGACUUUCACGAACAAAACUUAGUGUGUCAGGUAUCUGGCUGUGACGACGAAUCCAUCACCCAGCAAAUCUUCUUGUCAUCGCUCAAACCCGAAGAGACGUAUUUGGCCUCGGGCGCCAUGUCGUGGUUGGGACCUUACUUCUCAUGGCUACGUGACAGCGUCGGCUCAUUUGCAACUUGGACAGCUUGCUGUAGGCUCGACAGCAAUGGCAACUACAUCAACAGCUCAGAAUUAAUUGAUAUGAGGGCUGUUGCCAUCUGCCUUGAACCAGACGACUUGAUCGAUGGUAGACCUAAACCAGAGAUAUUCAUGGAUCAUGUAGAGGAUUUCUUGUCCGACAACCCACAUGAUACGAUGUGUCCUUCUGCGGGUCAUGCGGCCUACGGAGAAGCUGUCAAUGUCCUGCACGUGGACAAUGAAUCCUCUGUAGGAGCUCACUACUUUAUGACCUACCACACCAUACUUAGAACCUCGACUGACUUUACGGGUGCCAUGAACUGGGCGUACCAGCUCUCAGAAUACAUGACCGCAUAUCUGCAGGAGAGAUCACAGUACUCCAAGGACAUUGAAAUAUUCCCUUACAGUGUCUUCUACGUCUUCUACGAGCAAUACCUCACCAUGUGGCACGACGCCUUGGUCAGCCUCUCCAUCUCCAUCUGUUCUGUCUUUAUCGUGAUGUUCGUCUUGACCUUCGACAUCAUCUCUUCCCUCAUUAUCUUGGUCACCAUCUGCAUGAUCAUCGUCGACAUGAUGGGCAUGAUGUAUUGGUGGAACAUCUCCCUUAAUGCUAUUUCCUUGGUCAACCUGGUGAUGGCGGUGGGGAUCUCGGUGGAGUUCUGCAGCCACGUGACGCACGCCUUCGCCACCUCCCUCAAGCCGUCAAAGAUAGAGAGAGCACGAGAGGCUCUGGCUAUUAUGGGGUCCUCGGUGUUGUCCGGCAUCACCCUCACCAAGUUCGGGGGAAUCAUCGUACUGGGUUUUGCGCAUUCGCAGAUCUUCCGUGUGUUCUACUUCAGGAUGUACUUGGGCAUGGUGAUCUUCGGUGCAUACCACGGCCUCGUGUUCUUGCCCAUUUUUCUCUCUCUGUGUGGUCCUGGAGUGAACAAGAAAUUAUUGAAGGAGAAGAGGGCCAAGGAGUCAAAGGAAGAAGAGCAUAGGCCACAGACGGCGAGCAUCCAGAGUGCCAAAACGCAGCAGAACAGGGCCGACGCUCAGGCGCAGCCGCAGGAACAGGUAGCAAUGGAUCAAAUACCACAAGGAGAAACAAGUUACCCUCAACCAGUAGUAAUGAGUUACCCUCAACAAGUAUUAAUGAAUUACCCUCAGCCAUUAGCAAUGAGUUACCCCCAACAAGCAGGAAUGACUUAUCCUCAGCCGCUGAUGAUGACAAAUUACCCCCAACCACAGAACCCAGUGUAUAAAACUUCGCAGGGGAAUACGAAUGCAGCCUACGUGCCUGAGAAUUACUGAUAAGAACAUAAGAACAUAAGAACAUAAGAAAAUAAGGAGUCUGCAAUAGGCCGGUUGGCCUGUG